AUGAGUUCCAUCGAAGAUGAUCCUGUCGUCGCCUCGUACGACGUCUUCCUGACCGACUCCGAUGUCUCUCGCUACGUCUUCCAAUACAUUGACCGACCCGGCAAGCACCCUUACAAUGAACGAAUGGGCCAAAAGCCGACUGCUCUGCGCAUGAAACCGAACACCGGUCUGGUGGAAGUUGAUGUCCCAAUAUUUACCCGCACCACCUAUGACGUGAACAAAGGACUCAAAUACGGCGAUGCGAUGAAAAAGAGUCGGAUUGCUCGAGAUGGCGGCGCAUUUGGAAUGGCCGGCGGCUUUAGUACUGGUGGAUCGGCCAGUGCAGGUGGCCGAGUCAAGUCCGAAGCAAACGCAGAUGUCGAGGUGCUGGAUAAUAGAAAGAUGAUCGACCCAUCGGCACUGGUUCGAACACAGGCGCUUGGUGGUCGCAUCAAGCCCCAGGAAGAGGGUGAUCCGGUUCACAUGCUGGCCGCAUUCAAAGGGAAAAAUUUGCAUCUUUCUCCGGUUUCUGCAGUUGUUCAAUUGCACCCCCAACUACACCAUUUAGAUGCGAUGGACGAGCUGCCCAAGGGCAGGGGUGGCAAGGGCAAGAAGGAUGACGAAGAUCGCCCGACCGAGGCCGAAGCACGAGCAGUUGAUGUCAAAAUUAAAGGUGCGGAGGACGGAGGUGCAAUGCUUGUUGGCAACCUGGACCUCUUGAAGAGGAUGCAAGACGAGAAGUGGAAGAAGUUUGACUGGGUUGACGCCGAGACCGAGGAAUCUUGGUAUAACUAUGAGAACUACAUGAUGCACCAGAACCCAGAAGAGUUGCCGCAGCUCCAAUCCUUUAUCGACAGCGAGAACUAUUUGGAUGGGAUGAGUGCUCCGCGUAUUGAUCCUGCACGGCCUGAGAUGACAGGAUGGGCCAUGAAGCAAAAUCGGCAGAAGCAAAGAGAGGGACCAUCUGAUAGCGAGGAUGAAGUAUGA